AUGCGGCGACGGGAGGACAGAGGCUGUAUUUUUCCAGCGGUUGGGCAUGGAUCUGCCGGAUGCGGAAGUUGGGGGAUGGCAAAGAGGGCGCUGUGUCUCCUCUUCACGCCGGCAUGUGCAUUCAGCGCCUGGGGCGAUCACAGCACUGGCAUGGCCUUGACCGUGGAUGGGGUCAUGAACUGGCUCGUGCAGAAUGCUGAUGCUUUGCAGCCCAGCAUGCCAGACCACUACCUUAGGUCCAAUGCCUUCUAUGCUCUCAAGGCACGUGGCGAAAUCCCGGUGGCCCAGGAGGUCCCCGAGGAGCUCUUCCUCAAAGAGGUCUUGCCCUACAGGGUGGUCGAUGAGCCCGUGGACCAUUGGAGGGAGGGCUUCUUCCAGGUCUUAGCCCCGCAUGCCAUGCGGGCCACCAGCUUGCGAGGGGCCGUGGAGGACCUGGUGCCCCGGAUCUUCCAGGAGCUCCGUGCCUCGCCCAAGGUCAUGCGGAAGCCCAACCAGACGGCUGUCGUGUUCAAGUCCAAUUCGACUCCUGAGAUGAUGGCGCCCAUCAGCGAGACCUUGACCUCAGGCUAUGCCUCUUGCACCGGGAGCUCCAUCUUGAUUGUCGAUGGCUUGCGGUCGGUGGGCAUCCCAGCACGACUGGUUGGAACGCCGCAGUGGAACAUUCCGACGGGUGGCAAUCACAACUGGGUGGAGGUUUGGACGGGCGAUGGCUGGCACUUCUUUGAUGCAGUGCCGGAUGUUCGCUUGGAUGAGGCCUGGUUUGCGCCUAGCAACACCAAGUUUGCCAACAACAAGGACUCGACACACGCCAUCCUCUCGGCGGAGUGGACGAAGGGCGAUGCCACAUAUCCAUUGACAUGGCGAAAGCCUGCGGUCUUGUGGCGUGCGGAGGACAGCUUCCGCCCAGGAAGGCGGUCUAGAUUUGAGGUUCCAUCAGUGGGCAGGGCGCAGAAUGUGCUGCGACUAACACUUGCGAGCAAGACUAAUUAG